CUACGGUUCCAUUAGGCUUUGCAGUAGCGUAGACGCUCUCGCUCGUCUUCACUCUACCAUCAAACACCACCUUCCAGAUGACCUCAAGAUGGCUAACAUGCUGCUCCAGAAAUAUGCCCAGCUUGGGCAUUUGCAGCAGGCUAUACACGUCUUUGACUCUAUUCUUCACAAGGACAGUUUCUCUUGGAACUCGAUGCUCUCCGCGUAUGCCCGUGCCGGAAAGCUCGAGCAAGCGGAGCGGAUCUUUACCCAGAUGCCAGAUCCAAACCUUGUGUCUUAUAACGCAAUGUUGUCUUCAUAUGCCAUCAAUGGGCAUAUUAGAGAUGCGGAAAAACUCUUUGAUUCCAUCCCUCUAACAAACCAAGUGACUUGGGCAGCUAUCCUUGGCGCAUAUGCCCGAAACGGGCAUAUGGAAAAAGCUAAAGGAAUCUUUAGCACGAUGCCGGAGUAUAGCCUUGUCUCGUGGAACUUGAUUCUCUCUGCCUAUGCCGAUAGAGGGCAUUUGAAAGAGGUGGUGGAAGUUUUCCAAACAAUGAAAGAAAGAAACGUGGGAUCUUAUAAUGCAUUGCUCUCUGGGUAUGCUUUUGACAGAAGCCAAAUCUCAAAAGCAAGGAAUAUACUUGAUACGAUGCCAGAGAGAGAUUUGGUGUCGUGGACUGUCAUGCUAAUAAGCUAUGCCCAGAAAGGGCAUCUGGACGAAGCUCAGGUGAUUUUCGAGAAUAUGGAAGAGCGGGAUGUGGUUACGUGGAAUGCAAUGUUAGCUGCCUACUCUGCAAAUGGCCGCGUCAAGGAAGCCAAGACAAUGUUUGACAAGAUGAAAGAGCACAGCCUUGUGUCGUGGACCACGCUGAUAUCAGCAUAUGGCCACAAUGGACGCGUUGACCAAGCGCUUAAUUUGUUUAACCAGAUGGAAGAGCAUGAUUUGACUACGCGUAACACUGUAUUGGCGAUGCUUGUUCAAAACAAUCAAUUUGAGGAUGCCAAAAGAAUCUACGAUCGUACUCCAAUUCUAAACGAAGUAAGCUUGACUAUUAUGGUGGAAGCAUAUGCCCAGAAAGGCCAUUUGGAAGAAGCAAAAUGCAUGUUUGAUCGCCUGAAAGUCAGAAGUUUGAUAUCUUCAACGGCAAUGUUGUGUGCAUACGCUUUGUUCGAAUUCACAGAAGAAGCAGAAAACAUGUUUCAUUCCAUGCAAGAGCACGAUAUUGCCUCGUGCAAUGCAAUGGUGUCAGCAUAUGCCCAACAUGGGCAUAUCUGUGAAGCUAAGUUCUUAUUUGAUGCGUUGCCCUUUCGAGAUUCGAUCUCCUGGAACGCAAUGCUCUCGGGCUACAUCCAAGCCGGGAAGCUCCAAAAGUCUUGGCAAUUCUUCACGAAAAUGCCAGAAAUAGAUUCUUUCUCGUGGAACUCAUUCCUUGCCGGCUAUGCCCAGCGCGGAGAAAUCGAUUCCCUCGCCACCCUGCUUCACUCGUUGGCCUUAACGCUCCUCCCAGACGAGAUCUCUUUCGUGUGUGUGUUCUUGGCACUCAGCCACAGUGGUAAUCUCUUCUCGGCCUGGAAAUACUUCCUGUCCAUGAGCAGUGACUACAACUUGGUUCCAACAAAGCAGCAUUUUUGCUGCAUGGCCAAUUUGCUGGGUCGAGCCGGUUACCUGAAAGAAGCCGAGGAUUUAAUCGCGACCAUGCCGUAUGUGGGCGACGAUUUGGACUGGACAUGUGUGCUUGCGUCUUGCGGCUUACACAAAAACAUGGAGCUCGCUAAUCGAGCUAGCAAAUGUGUGCUUGGCUUCAACAGCAAAUACGCUCCAGCAUACUUAUUAGUAGCAAACAUGGCAGGAUAAAAAAUCUCUCUAAAGAAAAUCUUUGGUAAA